AAUGUGAUUGGCACUUGGAUGAACCCAUGGAUGAACCCGGAAGACGUAGUCUUUCUUUUGUGUGUGUGAGGUUCAUAUAUUUGGUUUAAACAUGGGCGUAAAGCUAGAGAUAUUUCGAAUGGUGCUGUAUCUGUCCUUUCCUGUGGGCAUGUUCUGGGUCGCAAACCAACCUCAGUUCUUUGAAGAAUACGUAAACAAGACAAAGAGGGAAUUGUUCCCACCUGACAUGGAACUGCGUAGGAAAGAGAUGGAAGAGUUUCAUGAGCAACUGCGAAUUCGUCGGGAGAAGCGGCGAUUAAAAAAGAUGGGAGUGGACUCUGAGAGUUGAGGGUUAAGUGUUGGAAACAUGACAGAAGUGUGAGCAUUGUGUUUGGUAG